UACAAACUUCGCACUGAUCCUCAGUUUUUUUGUUUUCAAAGAGAAUAUAACCCGAAGAAAGAACAAUUGGAUAAAAAUGCCCUCGCACGCCAAUCGCAUGCAGCAGGAGCAGGAGCACUGCAUCAUGGUCUCCGCCCUCAAGCAUGUAAUCUCCGGCGGCAUCAAUGCGGGUGGUAGUGGACCCACUUCGCAGCAGCAGCAGCUAUUGGGAGCCGUCCAUUCUGCCACGUCGUCAGUCCCCUCGACGAGGGACGGGACCCAAUCAGCAACGGACCAACUACACAUGCUGUCGUUUUCGGCAGAGGGCGAUACGUGUCGGGUGUGCGGGAUCGAGGGGUGUCUUGGGUGCAACUAUUUCCCGUCAACAACAUUGCCAGACAGAAACAAGCAACUGAAUUUGGGGAGCGGGGCGAAUGCGGGGACGAGGAAGGGGAAGAACAAGUACAGGGGAGUGAGGCAGAGGCCGUGGGGGAAGUGGGCAGCGGAGAUUCGGGACCCGCGGCGGGCGGCGAGGGUUUGGCUGGGGACGUUCGAGACGGCGGAGGAAGCAGCCAGGGCUUACGACAAAGCUGCCAUUGAGUUCCGUGGGGACAAAGCCAAGCUCAAUUUCUCAUUAACCUCCUCCGAUCAGCACAACAAUAUCACUAAUAGCAACAUCACUUCUAGUAGCAGAACUAGGACUAGCCCACAAUUAAUUAGGAGCAUGGAAGAGGCUGAUGCUGAUCAGGACAAAGUCAAUCCAAUUACUGUGAAACAAUCAGAGAAACUCGAAAUAUAUGAGAGCAGUGCCCCGCAGGAAGAGAAUGACCAGUUUCUCUGGGACAUGUCUCAAGAUGGAGAUGAUGACGAUGACUUGAAAGCAUGGAUGUCAGCCAACUAAAAUACCUCGUGCUCUGCUUUGAUGAAGCCAAGUUAUGUUAGGGGGUUUUCAUUAGAGACUCAUUUCAAAUUAGGAUUUAAUUAGUUCAAAAAUAAGAAAAUUUAUCGUACGCGAUUACCUCGUACUAAUAACACGUCGAUGAGUGGCCUUGUCGUUCUCGUUUGUUUUCUUCUGUUGGAAAUGAAAUUAAAAGAUAAUAAGGACAUUC